UGGGCUACGUUGUAAGAAUAGACAGCCACAAGAUUUGACACUCUGGGAAUGGGAUCACUAAUAAGAACCAAGAAAAACUUUCGAUUCUUUCGAGUUUUCCCACUCCAAAGACUUCUCUUCAUCCAAAGGGAAUAACUCUACAUGCAGCUAAAUGGAAGAGGGAUACGACCUGAUUUUAAAGAAAAUCACAAAUGAGAUAAAAGUAGGAAGAAAUCUUCCAAUAUAGGCUACAGCAGGUUUUUAUUUUGUUAUAAGCUAUCACAUGUAGGCUGUUUAUUAUUUAAUUAAUUUUGGUUUAAUCUUGUGGCCUUUAUUAGAAAACGAAAUGUAACAUGCCUGUUAAGUUAGCCUAAUCAAUGUUUCAUCGGAUUAUCAAAUGAAAAGAAUCAUAUUCUAUUUCAUUUGGAAUUUCUUAUAGCCCAGAAUUAGACAAUUUGACAAAUUACAACAAUAUCCGCUUUUUUCUUAAUCAAAGUAAAAGAUAAGCCAGUGAGGACUUUAGACUAGAUGCAGAACAUCUCAAAAAACAGCCUAGUGUUGAAGCGACGCAAGUCUUUUGUGUCAGAAUAGCCUACUCUGAUUUCUAAAGGUGCGUCUUUGGGGCUGGCACAGUGCAUGGCGCAUAAAGGUGUUGGACCAAAGAGAGUAUUAGCUUUAUACAGAGACCAUGGCAAAGUGGUUCAAAGAAUUCCCCAUCAACUUGAAGAAUGGUACUGAUAGGAUCCGCUCAGCUUCAGAAUCAGGUUCCCAAUCCAGGGGUAAACUUGGACUGGUAGCUGGCAUUGGCACCAAAGUAACCAGCUCCAAAGUAAGUUCGAGCAAAAACUCGGGAACGGAUAGUAGUGUUGGUGGUGGAGGCGUUGGUGCUCUACUGUCUGGAAGAAAUAGAAAAAAUUCUGCCGAACUGGGAAGGAAUGGCACACGUUUGAUAAAGGAUGGAAAAGUUUGGGAUAGCCUUAUAGGUAAAAGUCGCAAAAAUUCCAAAGCAGAGAUGCCAGUGUUUGAUGAGCACCAGCCACUGAAAAGUUCCAGAUCUGCGAAUGCCUACAUCAGUCGUCUGAUUAAAGUCGAUAAGAAGGACAAGAGCCCAAACUUCAACAGCAGCCCAGUGGUACUCGAUACAGAGAAAUCACAACCACUGUGCAAAACAGAGACGGUGAUCAUUCAGGACUAUGCAGAUCCCUUUGAUGCCCACAAGACUCGGGAGCAGAGGGAUGCGGAGAGAGAGGGCGAGAAUGAUGGAUACAUGGAGCCUUACGAUGCGCAGCAGAUGAUCACAGAGAUCAGACGGAGGGGUUCCAAGGACAUGCUGAAGAUGUGUGUCCUGCUGGAAGGGGUUGAGGGGGAGGUGGAGGAGGGGCGACCCGUGCCUCCCCAGAUCUACGACAUGACCUAUGAGGGUGGUGUGGAGGGUGACAGAGGGAGCGUGAAGACCCCGGUCACCAGGCCAGAGUUAGAUCCCCGGCUCCCUGCUGAGUACCAGCUGCCCUGGGAGUGGAAGAAGGAACAGAUUGUCAAGGCUCUGCCUGCCCAGUUUGACAGCCCUGAGCACCCCACCCCAACCAAAGAGGACCCCCCCGCACUCACCCUCACACGGAAGCCCCAGCAGCAGCCCCAACAGCAGCAGCAGCAUCUGCGACAAAAGAGUUGGAGCCAGAAGAUCCUGAAGUCCUCUCCUACUUUCUUGCCCUCCCUCUCGUCCCCGCCCAGCAUCAGCCCUGAGGCUGAGGUGUGCCGGGUGGACCCCACCCUGCCCCUGGAGAAACAGAGCUGGUACCAUGGCUGUGUAACACGCCAGGAGGCAGAGUCUAAGCUCCAGUCCUGCAAAGAGGCCAGUUUCCUGGUGAGGAACAGUGAAUCAGGAACCAGCAAAUACUCCAUUGCGUUAAAGACAAGCCAGGGCUGUGUUCACAUCAUUGUUGCCCAGACAAAGGAGAAUGGCUACACGCUGGACCAGAGUAGCUGUGUGUUUCCCAGCAUUCCAGAGGUGGUGCACCACUACGGCACUCAGCGGCUGCCUUUCAAUGGGGCCGAGCACAUGACCCUGCUGUACCCCGUGCCACGCCCUUACUGACUCCACCCCCACCACACUCAGGUGCACCCCAACAACCCCAUGCCUCUGCAUCUGCAUGAAAUCAUACUCAACGAACAUAUCCAAUCUAAUGCUGGCCCCCAACAGCCUCAAUACAUAUAUAUCUUUAUCUAUUAUCAUUCACUUUUCAGUCCCUCUCUCUUUAAUGUGAUUUAAUCCAUAUCAAAACGUUUUUUUUCAGUCUUAUUUUCUCCUGGAUAAACAGAAGACAGCAAGCUCAGAGACCUGGGUAUUGCUCUUGCUGUACAAUAAUUCUCUCACCUUUCAUAUGCAGCUAAUGCAAAACACAGAGGCUUCUGUUUUGCAUGUGAAUUUGGGAGAAACUCAACCCACGCCUUGAGUGUACAAACGGGGCAGAAAUGAAUGAUCAAAUGAGUCAGAGCCCUGCCAGUUAGAAUUUAGUCAGAAUUUCUACUCUCAAUUCAAAGAUGUGUAGAGAAUACAGUAUCAUUAAUCAUCAUUUUGGUUUAAGAUGGUUUAAGCUGCAAAGGGAUUUGUUCGAAGAAAAACAGUAAAGUGACUCUCUCACCCUCUGGUGGAUGUGCUGGCUCACUGCACCAACUGUACACAACCCUGUGGAGAACAACAACUACUGUACCUGACAGACUACUAUAGGGAAAGGGUGAUACCUAAUCAGUUGUACAACUGAAUGCAUUCAACUGAAAUGUGUCUUCUGUAUUUAACCCAACCCCUCUGAAUCAAAGAGGUGCUGGGGGCUGCCUUAAUCAAAAUCCACAUCAUCGGCACCCGGGG